CGGCAGUUUACCACAGCUUCACCGGUUUAACCUCGAUCGGUUUUUAGCGAAAUCGCCAUGCACAACGGCCAUUUGGUCGUUGAAACCCAGUUUGACUCAUUUAGUCGAAUCGCGAUGACCGUGUGAUCAACCGAGUCAUUCGAGAUUCACGGAGUCAUUUAUCGGUCAGGUCGGGUGAUAUUAAUUAUAUUCGAAUUGUUCGGAUAUAUUAUUUGAUGGCAGUGUCAGGGGGAGCCCGACGGAUCCCGAUGGGUGUUCGGACAUUCAGUGAGUUUCUGGAAAUAGCGACCGGCGGUCCGUGUCGUCCCAGCAGCCCGUAUAAAUGCAGAGAGAAAAUACAACAGUGGCCCAUCAGACACUUGUCCUCCUGUGGGAUCUUGAUGACUCGUUCUCCUCGCACUGUUUGUCUCUCUGAAGUGGAUCUGACUCCCUGUCCUCACAGAAGAUCUUUCAUCAGCCUCACCAAUAAGAGAAAAGAGUAUUCAGAGAGGAGAAUACUAGGGUACUCUAUGCAAGAAAUGUACGAUGUUGUAGCCAAUGUGGAUGAGUACAAACUCUUUGUACCGUGGUGCAAAAAGUCACAAACCAUCAUGAGGAGGGCCGGUCACGCCAAAGCACAUUUGGAAGUGGGUUUCCCUCCUGUAGUUGAACGUUACACUUCAAUGAUAAGCUAUGUCCGUCCACAUCUUGUAAAAGCGGUGUGUUCGAAUGGUAAACUCUUCAAUCACUUAGAAACAAUAUGGCGAUUUAGUCCUGGAAUUCCUGGUUACCCUCGAACAUGCACAGUAGACUUCUCUGUCUCAUUCGAAUUCCGUUCAUUGAUACAUUCACAGUUAGCGACUGUGUUUUUCGACGAAGUGGUGAAACAGAUGGUGGCUGCUUUUGAGCGAAGAGCGGGUAAACUCUAUGGGCCCGAGACGAGAAUACCCCAGGAACUCAUGUUUCACGAGGUCCACCACACUUGAGGUGCAUAUCACACUGCUUUGAUACACACGUCUGGGUGUGCAUUCACCUGGACUCAUCUGAAUGUGGAACUCCAUAACUAUCUCACAGCCAACUCUUUAAGACGGAAAAGAUUUCUGGUCUUUAUUACAUUGGAAUGGGAUAAUAGAUCCUAUGUGCUUUUAGACAAUAUUCCAAGACAUCUGAAGUGUUACAUCUUGAAAACAUGAGACUAAAGAUAGAUUUGUCUUAAGUCUUCUUUAUAUAACCACAAUUCUUUUUGACUGUGAAUGACGAUUUAUCACAUUAUUGUAGCUGUGACUGAGCAGAUUUGAAAGUUGAGACACAAGUACGGUAUUCAGAGAAUAUAGCAAAAAUUGGACUUAAUCUAUACAAUACUAUGCAUAUAGUCAAUAUACACCAUUUCAUUAUAGUUUCAUCCCAUUUACUCAAUCUAUCCUGCUGUGGGUUUGUUGGGGCCAAAUCUGAUGAAAUUAUUGCAGAAAUGUAAAAAACAUGUCUUUAUAUGACUAGAGAGGGAAUUAAAAAUGCUUGCAUUUUUUCAUCUAUGUUCUCACAAUGACCUACAUGACUUUCACACUGCACUGAAUUUAUAAUAUUCAACUUAAGUGAAACUCUUAGAAAUGUGACUAUAAACAUAAAUGUAAAUAGUCUAAACAGGAAUUGCCUGCUCUGUACAUUUGGGUCAUAUUUUACAAAAUCAAAAAUCGGUUUCACUUUAUAUUAGGUGUCUUUAACUACUAUGUACUAACAAUAACAUACAUAUUAUCCAACGUUUUGCUCAAUUCUCACAUGAUUCAUAUUUGCUGCUACUGAGGUUGAGGUAUGGGUAGGUUUAGAUGUAGGGUAAGGGUUAUGGGGUACAGUUAAUCAUGUAGUUACAGAUGUAAUUAAAUGAAUGUACUUUAAAUGUAUGUACAAUACAACAACACGUAUGUACAUAAUGAGUGCAUUGUAUCAAAUGCUUGAGUGCAUAGUAGUUAAAGAUACCUAAUGUAAAGUGGGUCCAACAACACCUAUAUUUAGGACUAUUGAGAUUUAUUUGGCAUUGUGACCGUAUUUUCAUGAUAAUUCAGCACAUUUGUACUUAACAAUUGUAAUAAUAUAUCUUAGUUUUCCACAUUGCAGUAAUGAGAAUUAUUUCGCAUUACAAUAGACUAUUGACAGUUGGUGGAUGGGUGUUUUGAAAAUCACAACAACAAAUUAUAAUUUCUGUUUGUUGUAAAAUAUUACGUUUUCGUGAGUCACCCAGUUCGAGCGGCAUCCAACAUUAUAAACCCUGCACCUUGCUCCUUACUUGCAUAUUUAUCCCUUUUAUUUAGAAAUAGUUUUAUUUUAAUGGUGAAUUUAGUGAUAUUGCUUUCAUUGGAUGCAGUCAUGCAAACUCAGGGCUUUAAAGAGAUUGAAACAAAUGUAAGAAUUUAACCUGCAAAUCCCUAUAGUUAUGAAGUAGUCCCAGUUUGUGCCUGUUCAUAUAGGAAGAGCAAAGCAUGUGCCAUUUGUGUUAAAAUUACAUGUCUGUCUGUUCAAACACAAGAAACAGAUUGCUGCAAGUUGCAAUGCAUCGGACACAAGCGUAGUGAAGCUUUUUUGCUGGAAAGUUUAUUUUGAGUUUUUAUUUUUAGCUGUUUCAAUGCAUUAUGAAGGAUUUCAUGGCAUUUACAAACUACUUAACGUUCAUUUGAAAUUUCAUUUGUCUCGUGUAAGUGUUGAGAUUUGACUGAUAAAUUAUUUGUGCUGUAUCAAACACAUUGUACUUCUUGUAAAGUCUUCCAUUGAAAUAAAUUCACAAUCAUUACAUUUGUUGAGUGAACCACAAAAACAGACUCAUGCCAGUUUACCUGUUAAAUGUUUGUUGAACAACUGUGACCAAGAACCAAAGAGAUGUGCACUGCUUCUUAAAAUGUAGAAGAGCAGAGUUUUAGGGAUGAAUCCUCCCUUCAUUCUCUUGUACCUUGUCAGUAGGCCAGUCAUCAGUGUUAAAUUACAUUGCACAAGCAUGUCUUUUAUGUCUUUUAAUUUGAAAAUCUAUAAAUCAUUUCAAAACAAAUUAUUUGUGCCUGUUGUACUUGAACGGCUGGGAGCAACUGGUGUUAUUUAAUGUGGAUG